AUGCAUUACGCAUGCAUUGUAACCCUAACCCUAGAGGUAUUGUUCCCAGCCGCCAACUUCACCAUCCUUAUACCCCCCCCUCUCACAGCCGCCGCCGACCACUUCGUCGCUGCCUUGAACCACCGAAUGGCUGCCAUCACAACUCCAACGAUGGGGUUGAACCUUGAUAGUAUGGUUGCUGCUGUUGUUUUAUCGACCAUCGUUCCCUCGUUCCUCCGAGUUGCCGUUCGUCAUGCUGUCAUUCUCGUUGCCGGGUUGCGUCGCCACCUAGCUCCGCCAUCGCUGGCCGCUAUCGGGACAGAAGAAACACGUUGGCUUCAGUCAAUGUUAAUGCUCUCGGUGGAGAAUCGCAUCUCCUCUACUCUCGGUUCUGUUGCUGCCGCUGCUAGACUGUUCCGACGAGGGUGUGACUACUCCAAGCGAGGGUGUGUGUUUCAGCCGUAG